ACUUAAAAGGGAAAGCAGAAAAAAUUAUACGGAAUAAAUUUAGAAGAAAAAAUAGCCUUUAUUAAUUAAAAAAAAUAUAUUCAAAAAAAAUUUCUAAAUUAAAUAAAAAAAGCAAAGGUCCAUUAUUCCACUCUUUAUUGCAGGCUCUACAGAGCAACAUGGAGCAAAUCAUACCAAAAUUCUCUCUGGUUUUUCUGGCACUACAUAUAAUAAAUGGUGAGUUAAUCUUCUCUGGUAAUACUGUUAUUUCAAACAUCGACGCUCCAAGGCCUGAAGUCAUAGACUUUAACAACACAAUCUACGCUACAUGCGAAGUAACUCCUAUCCCUGAUCUACCACGUGGCCAGCCAGAGAUCUCCGGACAAGUUCUCUUCAAGCAGGUCUUCCCCAACGGCACUUUACAAGUGAUCGUCAACCUCCGCGGUUUGCCUGCCAUUGACCCUCAAAUCCGGGCCAUCCACAUCCAUCAGUACGGUGACCUCAGUCAAGGCUGCGUCAGUGCCGGCCCUCAUUACAAUCCACAGGGCGUUGACCAUCCAGGUCAUCCUGGAGACAUGGGCAACUUUGUUUCCGAGCGAGGAAUUAUACGGCAGAUUCUCAAGCUCUCAGAGGCCAGGCUGUUUGGGGGUCAAUCCAUACUGGGACGUGCUGUGGUGGUUCAUCAAAAGGAGGACGAUCUGGGAAUGGGGUCAGAUGAAGAAAGUAAACGUAGUGGGAAUGCUGGGAAAAGAAUUGCUGGAUGCGUCAUUGGUAUUAGCUCUCCGCGUUUGUGGCAGGCGGCUGUGGAGCUCUUUCGGGAGGUAGUGAAGGAGGUGGGUGCUGAUGAAAGUACAAGAUGA